CCAGGUCCAAAUGGCGAGUGCUCGGGUGGUAGUGAAGGUUGCUGUGCUGGGAGAACCUAAAACAGGCAAAUCUAGCAUCAUCAGGCGCUACGUGGACGGAAAAUUCUCUGGCAGCAACAGCACCGGCAUCGACUUUCGUCAAAAGUUCAUAUCUGUCAUUGGCCAGGAAUACUCGUACGAGAUAUGGGACGUGCCCAACUGGACGCUGUUGGAGAACCUGGGUGCCGAUUUUUGGAGGGACAUAAGUGGAAUCGCGCUCGUUUUCGACGUAACGAAGGCGUCCUCGUUUUGCGUGUUCGACAAGCUGCACAGAUGUGUGGCAAGUGUUGUGAGCAAGGAGGACCUACCUCUGGUGGUGGGAGGGAACAUGGUGGACCGAGAUCCCUCCGUGAGGGACGUAUCUUCUGAAACGGCGGAGGGCUGGUGCAAAAACCUCGACGCUCUCUACUUCGAAGUCAGUGCCAUGACUGGGUUUGGUGUGAAUGAGAUGUUUUUGGCCCUGGCAGAGAGGGCUGUGCUGUUUUACCACCACCACCAUCCCACUGAACAGCUCCCCAGGAGGUCCACAAGAUUCUCUGUGCAGCUGCCCCUACUCAAGAAAGUCACCACUAGGUUUAAACGUGGUCGAGCAAACACCGUACCAUUACCAGGCGGGGAAGAGGAUGUGGACAGUGAAGACAUUGCUGCACCAUCUCCUUCUUCAUCAGUGUUUGCCUCGCUCCCAAUCCACAUCCGUGUUCCCUGGCACUCCAAGAAGAAAACAGAAGAAGCAAAGGAGCAGCUGCAGGAAGCGUCUGUAAAGCAGGUCGAUGAGCUACAGAACCAGCUCGAACAUGAGCAAACGAAAUCUCAGAUCUUGAGGAAGAGAGUCGAAGAGCAAGAAGAGGAGUUGGCAGAGAAGAACCAUCUUCUGCGGGAGCUCCAGCAAACG